AUGGAUAACCUUUGCCAUUGUGGUGCUAUUUCAACAAGAUCUAUGGUGCAGAAAAAAGCAGACCCAGGAGUGGUCACUAUUCCUUGUUCUAUUGGGUCACUUGAUUUUUCUAAGGCUUUGUCUGAUCUGGGAGCGAGUAUUAACCUGAUGCCAUUUGUAGUUUAUAAGAAGUUAGGUUUGGGGGCUCCUAUACCCACCAACAUGCGACUAGUGGUGGCAGAUAGGUCAGUGAAGCAGCUAGUGGGAAUAUUGUAUGAUGUGUUAGUUAAGGUGGAUAGCUUUAUAUUCCCUGUAGAUUUUGUUAUUUUGGAUUCCAAUAUAGAUUUCGACGUGCCCAUAAUCUUGGAUAGGCCAUUCCUUGCAACUAGAAGUGUACUUAUUGAUUUGCGAGCUAAUGAGCUCUUAUUCAGGCUUAAUAAUGAUGUAAUGUGGUUUGAUUUGUGUCAAUCUAUGAAGUAG